GGAGGAGCCAAAAACCCAAGCCAAAACCCCCCAUCUUCCCCAUCCUCAACUUCAAAACCAAAAAAGACAAGCCCUUUGCACCAGAGCUUCUCUCACUGAACCCUCAUCCAUUUCCUUUGCUUCUUCCUCAGUCUUAGCCAUUUCUUUAAACACAUACUCUGCUCUUUCAGCCAUGGAGCUUCUUCGUUCUGCUUUGCUUCCCACCACUCCCUUCUUCACCGACCCCUCUCCCUCACAAACACCCAUCAAUCCUCACACACCCAAAUUCAAAUUCCGAGCUUCCACAGACACCACCAACGUUCCCACCACCCCCACACUCUUAAACCCACAACCCCAUCUCGCUUUUACCGCCAAAAAAGCCACAGACUUUAGUCCAGGAGCUCAACCCAGCUCUGAGGUUAGUCACUGCAUUUCUUUACUUAGAGGUAACCAUGUAGCUGAUUGUAGACAAAUUCAUGCUCUUGCUUUGAAGUUGAAUGCUUUUGAAGUGAAUAGUUGGGUAGGAAAUAAGCUUGCUACGCUUUACUCCAAGAACUAUGAGCUUUUAGACUAUGCCCAGAAGCUGUUUUAUGAAAUGCCUAAGAGAACAGUACCCACUUAUGCAGCUUUGAUUAGUGCUUAUUGUCACGCCGAGCAAUGGGAGGACUUGUUCUUGGUGUUUAGGUUGAUGGUUGAUGAGGGAAUGGUGCCUGAUGUGUAUGUUGUGCCUACACUUUUGAAAGCGUGUGCCCUGACGAAGAUGGUGGGGAUUGGGAAAAUGAUUCAUGGGUUUGUGAUAAGGAAGGAGAUGGAUUCGGAUGUUUUUGUGGGUAAUUCGCUUAUAGAUUUUUAUGCCAACUGUGGGGAUUUGGGAGUUGCGGUGAGUGUGUUUGGCUCAAUGAGGGAAAGAGAUGUGGUUUCGUGGACUGCUCUUGUUUCGGCUUUUAUGAAUGAGGGUCUUUUUGAGGAAGCGACGGAGGUUUUUGAUUCCAUGAAGGUGAAUGGGGUGAAGAGGGAUUUGAUAUCUUGGAAUGCUCUUGUUUCGGGGUUUGCACAGAAUGGGGAGAUUGAUUUGGCUUUUCGGUAUUUGGAGGCAAUGCAAGAAGAAGGGUUGAGGCCGAGAGUUAAUUCUUGGAAUGGAGUCAUUUCGGGCUGUAUUCAGAAUGAAUAUUUUGAGGAUGCUUUGGAUGCGUUUUAUAAAAUGUUGUGUUUCCCCGAGGAUCCGAAUUGUGUUACAAUUGCAAGCAUUUUAUCAGCUUGUGUAGGCUUGAAAGAUCUGAACUUAGGCAAGGCAAUUCAUGGAAUUUCUCUGAAGCGUCAGCUUUGCGGUAAAACUCAUGUGGAAGGUUCAUUGAUUGGUAUGUACUCAAAAUGUGGGAUGAAAGAUUAUGCAGAGAAAGUUUUUUCCAUGGCUGAGACCAAAAGCAUUGGAAUGUGGAAUGAGAUGAUUGCAGCUUAUGUGAAUUCAGGAGAAACAGAGAAGGCAAUAGAGCUUCUAAGGGUGAUGCAUCAUCAUGGCUUAAAACCUGAUGUGGUGUCCUAUAACACAAUAUUGGCUGGCCAUGCAAGAAAUGGGCAAAAGAAUGAGGCAUAUGAGUUGCUUAAUGAGAUGGUCCGGAUGGAUUUGAAACCAAAUAUUAUCUCUUUCAACGUUUUAAUUUCUGGUUUUCAACAAUUUGGGCUUAGUUUUGAAGCUUUGAAAUUGUUCUGUAUCAUGCAAUUCCCAUCUGAUCGUUCCUUUGCUGAUUUUGUGCUCGCUGAGUCAAUCCAACCAAAUUCCAUUACUAUUGCUGGUGCUCUUGCAGCUUGUGCUGAUCUCAAUCUACUAUCCCAAGGGAAGGAAAUCCAUGGAUACAUGCUGAGGAGUGGCUUUGAGCCUAAUGUCUAUAUCUCAAGUGCAUUGGUUGACAUGUACUCGAAAUGUCUGGAUAUUGUCUCAGCAACGAAAGUAUUUAGGAGAAUUGAGGACAGAAACACAAUCUGUUGGAAUGCUAUGAUCGCAGGCCAUGUCAACAACAUGCAGCUGAACUUAGCUCUUGAACUUUUCUGCGAAAUGCUGGAAGAAGGUCUUGAACCAAGCUCUAUCACACUCAUGAUACUUCUCCUCACUUGUGGAGAUAUGACAGCUCUGAGAUUUGGAAGAGAAUUACAUGGAUAUAUCAUAAAGAGUCAGCUUGAUCAGGCUGAUAGUAGGCUUGCAAGUGCCUUGGUAGGCAUGUAUGCCAAGUGUGGUAGUAUCAAGGAAGCUAAAUCAGUGUUUGACUUAGAAGUUAAAAAAGAUGCUUUGCUGUGGAAUGCCAUGUUAUCUGCUUAUUCAACUAAUGGAAUGCUCAAUAAUGCCCUUGCCUUGGUUGGACAAAUGGAGUUGGUGGGCGUUGUGCCUGAGAUUUGAUUUUCAUUGUGCUUUCUUCCAAUGAACUAUGAGAUUAACCAAGCUAAAAGGCACAGUUGAACUAUUCUUCAGUGACUGGAGGCAUUCCCAGUUAAGCUUUGAUGCUGUUGGAUCAAGGGAGAAUUAUUGUGCAACAUGUGCCACAACUCAAAAGCAACAGCGAAAGGCAACAUGAAAAUUAGUUUCCACGACAUGCGAGUUUUGGCUACUGAUACUCCUAAAUGAGCUGUGAAAAACAUGAUCUACCAGGUCGGCUCUUGAGAAGAUCUUUGGAUGUAGUUAUGCACUGAUCUAUCGGCCCAUAUUUGUGUCAGGUGGCCACUUUUCUCCCAGUGUUUGAAGGGCGUGGAGGUCCUUUAGAAGCAUGAAUGCAAAAGAAGGUUGAGCUGCUAGGAACUAUCUACAUCAAGUCUAAUGACCAAGCCCUAUUUGUAGGCUUAUCGAAAUACUUAUUUAUGCCUCAUUGGCCUCGGCUCACAUUUAUCAGUGGCUCUGAUGUUUAUGAUCAGGUACUAGUGAUGGCGUGGAUCAGGUCCACCGGGACUCAGUCGCUUGGACUCAAUAUAUCUUCCGCUCUGUCUUUCGAUACUAGCCUUCAGAAUUUGUCUGGCACUCUCCAUUGUUUUACGACUGCCCUUGUUUGAGAACAAUCCAGGAACAAGAGCUUCCUUGCCCCGAAAGAAAAGCAAAACCAGAAAAAUACAAACCAAGAUUUCAUGCUACCCGUCAUC